UGCACCUCUCAUCACACCGGUCCUGAAAGAUGGACGGGAAAGCACACAGAUAGACACAUACAGAGAGACAAAGACACAGAGACAAGACACAUACAUACACACAAAAGCAGGGAGAGUUUCAGUUUGUUUUAUUUGCGUUUUUUUCUUACUCAUGCUGCCAACCGCAGGCCGACUUCAUCCGCUACGGCAACGCCAACCAAAUCAUGAAAAUGUCCAAAGAGCACCCCCCCCAGCUCUGGAACUCCGUCAUCGACAACGACUACGCCGCCUUCGCCAAGAUACACACCCGCCUGCUCAACGCCCCGGCCACGCUCAAGCACGCCCCCAUCCGCAUCUACGUCCCCUCGAGUCCCUCCCCCUCCGCCGCCGCCCCUGCAGCCGGUGAAGCUGGCUCCUUCAGAGUCGUCCAGUCCCUGGUCCCCGUCGUCGCGCCGGACCGCAAGCCCAAGCUGCUGGGGCAGGCCCUCAAGGACCUCAUGCCCACGCUCUUCCCCAGCAGUCGGGAUCCCGUGCUGGCGAGCGUCGUGCUCCACGGCGUGCCGGCCCCUUUCAGCGCGCCCUUGGGGGAGAUGAUGAGGGAGGCUGCAUACCCUGAUGGCUGGCUUUGCUUCGUUGUCGUCGUCUGAGGGUGUACAAAGUAUAGUCACUAGGUAUCGUUACGCAGAGAGCUCGGGAAAAAGACUUCGAGUCAUGAUGGGGAGUGGCGUCUGGGAACGGCUAGCGAGU